AUGGUGGAUAUCCAAGAGCAGGAUCAGUGGAUCAGCUAUCUCAGCGAAUGCAAGCAGCUGAGUGAGAAUGACAUCAAGCGCCUGUGUGAAAAGCAUGAUCUGUCGGAACUGUUUCGCAUUGGCGGCAAUUCACCCGAUACAAACUACCUGUUCAUGGGUGACUAUGUCGACCGUGGCUAUUAUUCGGUAGAGACAGUGACGCUCCUGGUUGCACUCAAGGUGCGCCACCCAGACCGUGUGACCAUCUUGCGUGGUAAUCAUGAGUCGCGCCAGAUCACUCAAGUGUACGGCUUUUACGACGAGUGUCUUCGCAAGUAUGGCAACGCAAAUGUGUGGAAGUACUUCACCGACCUGUUUGACUACCUGCCACUGACAGCUCUGAUCAAUGAUCAGAUCUUUUGUUUGCAUGGUGGUCUUUCCCCGUCCAUUGACACACUUGAUCAAAUCCGCCAGAUCGACCGUGUGCAGGAGGUACCUCACGAGGGCCCUAUGUGCGACCUUUUGUGGUCCGAUCCUGAUGAUCGCUGUGGCUGGGGAAUCUCACCCCGUGGCGCUGGUUACACAUUCGGUCAGGACAUUAGCGAGGCGUUCAACCAUAACAAUGGCCUCACACUUGUCGCUCGUGCACACCAACUUGUCAUGGAUGGCUUCAAUUGGUCUCAAGAGCGCAACGUUGUUACGGUAUUUUCUGCACCGAAUUACUGUUAUCGUUGCGGAAACCAAGCUGCUAUUAUGGAGAUUGACGAAAACCUCAAGUAUACGUUCCUGCAGUUUGACCCCGCUCCUCGCACUGGUGAACCCCUUGUGUCACGUCGUGUCCCCGACUAUUUCCUUUGA